CUAAAACUUUAUCACUUUUUUUCUUUUUCUACAAGAGAAAGUAUUCCUACUCUACUAUUGUUUGCCUCUUCUAUAAGCUUAUGUAAUUAUGCCUUCUCGAGAAGCUAAGAGGCAUCUCAAGCGAAAAUUAGAAAGAAAGAAAAGAGAAAUUGCUGAAGAAAUUUGUAAGGACUGUGGAGAAGUUGGUCAUAUCAACAAAAAAAGUUACAAAUGCCAGCUUUACGAUGCAUCCAAAAAAAGAAAAGCAGGAGCGAAGGAUGAUUACGAGACUAAGGCUGCAAAGGCUAGAGGAAAAAAGAAGAAGUUGGAAGACAGCAAGAAACGAGCAGAACAAGACGUUGUUUGUUCCUCUUGCGGUAAAGCAGGCCAUAGUAGAUCAUCUUCACCACUAUGCUUGAACUACAAGCCCCCAAAGGAUGUCUUGCUCCGCCGGCUGUUCGAAGAUGGUCAUGAAGUCUACAGCAGGAAACUGCUUCUAACCACACUGAUGAGACCAGCGUUUGCUCAAGUCGCUACAGAAAACAUCAUCAAAUUAGCAGAAUUUACCCGUCAAGUGGUGUAUAGAGCCCAACUAUUUGUGAACUACUACAUUACUGAUAACUACGAAACAACGACUGGUCACCCAUACCUUUAUGAGCAGAACUUCUGGUACAGCAUCUGCAAGCUUAUAUUAGGGAAGCGGGUCAGAAAUCGACAAUACAUGGACAUGUCGGUCACGCUUGCCUUUGAUGACUUUAAAAGCAAAUUUCCUACAAUCGUUUACAGUCUGAAGACACAUCCCAUGAAAGGAUACAGCGAUUCGCUGGCAGCGGCCUGCGUGACACUGGCCACUACUUAUUCAAACUUUAUAGUAGAGAAUUUUGAAAAUAGGCUCAAGCACUACGCUCGAACAUGUUUGAAGCAUCUGUUCCCUGUAAGUCAUGAUCGCAUCCAUAACAACUGUAGUAGCAGAGUGUCUCACGAAGUUCUGUUUAUUUUAUGUUCUAGGAACAUAAGAAAAGAGAAAUCGACAGAAUCGUCAACGAAUACUGCUUCAAAAAGAUAAUGAAGGGGGACUACGAAUGGCCAAACGGGGUGGCCGGUUUGGAGCGGUUAGAGGAGGCUAAUGCCAUAUGCAAAGCUGUUGAAGACGUACUGCC